ACUAGUAGAGAAGAGGAAGAAAAGAAAGUGCUAAUAUGCCGCCAAUUUGCCAAAUGAUUCAAAGAAUGUGCAAAAAAGUACACACGUGUAACAAUCGAUUUUUACAUUAAUAGCAAUUUUAGAUCAGAAAUUUGCAAAAAUUAAAUCCUAGCAAUGGUCAGAACAUCAGGGGGAAUUAGAAUAAGUGCUGGAAAGUCAUCCAAGAAAAGCGGAGGUGGUGGAACUAGUAGUGGAGGCAGCCGAUCCACAUCUACCCCAAGUGGGAAAUCUAGUGGAAGUAACCGUCUCCCACCAAUACCACACUGUGAGGCACCAUCAUGGCAGAAGCCAAUCACAAAUUUUUUUAUUUCUGAUGCUGGCUCCUCAAAGAAUGGGGAUGCAGAGAUAGGUUCAAAUGAAGAAGAUGCUGGGUAUAGCAGCAAAAAUACAGACGAAAUAGUUGAAAAAAGUGAGAUACGGGAGAAAGAUAGCAAUAAAAUAGAGGAUGAGCAAUUACCUGAGAAAAGCGGAAAGCAAGAAGAAAAAGGCAAGGAAAAUGAGGAUAGCAAUAUUUCAAGCUAAAAGUUGGUUAUAAUAGUUUGUAAACAUUUCUAAUUUAUGACUAAAUUUUUGUUUGUCAAGAUUUUUUAAUAAAAUUUACUAUUCAUAUGGUUAUGGUUUAAACUAAA